GUGCUUUCUUGCAACCGCCAUGUCGAAUGCUGAUGCUCACAGGUCCCUCCGUUGAGUUCCCAGAUUGCCCUGGGAUCACCCUGAGAAACUCAUUUUGGGAUGGAUCCAAGGCGCAAGCUGGAUCGCCUGGGAGCACCCAAGCCCAAGGAUGGGGAGGAGAUGACGAUGACCUCCCAGAAGGAUCUGGAAGCUGCCUUCGGCAUGUUGGACGAAGACCGCGAUGGCAAGCUAACCAAGUCGGAGGCCAUCAACUUCCUGAUUUGCGCGGGCUGGUGCCUCCCUGAGGAGUUGGACUCCGAGUUGAGCGAUGUGCAAAGGUCACACUUCAGCUUUCAGGAACUUUGCGAGGUGCUGAGGCGCCUGUCUAGCAGCAAGACGGAGAACCUCAGUGUGGCGCAGUUGACCACUUCCCUCCUCUACCUUGCAGACAAUGAAAGUUUGGGACUGGAGCACCUUAACGAGGUGGUGUGCACAGGAGAGAAAGCGGCCAUGAGCCCAGAGGAGUUGGAGAACGUGCUUGACACCUUGGGAGUCUUUGAUGAAAGUGUGGAUUGUCCAGAACUCGCCAAGCGGAUCCUGGACGCUGUUUGCAACCCACCCACGAAAGCUGGUGCAGCGAAGUCAGCGAAGUCAGCGAAGCCAGCGAAGCCAAAACAACUCGAGAACACAGCAGCACAGCCGUCCAGCCGCAGCAGAGACAGCCACAGCGACUUCCUCCGUUUUCUCACCGCCUAG